AAAAUUGUUAGAAGUCGAGAUGUUGUUUUUCUUGAAGAUCAGACCAUUGAAGAUAUUAACAAGAAAGAAAAGUCAAGAUAUGUUGCUCAUAAGUGCAUUGAUGUUGAGCCUGAACCUCCUACCAGUGUUAUUAAUUAUGGGAGAGAUGUGAAUGCAGAUUUGGAGAAUGUAGAUAAUAUGUUUGAAACUCAAGCCAAUGAACCAACUGAAUAA